AUGGCAACAACUUCAAGUGUAUCAUCCAGAUAUGCUGCAUCCCGCCCCGUCAGUCACUUCAAACCUAAGCCUAUUCCAAUUCUGCUAAUUCGUUUCACAGCCCAACAAAGAAAAUUAUCUGAUGGGGAAAUAUUUCAGACUAUUAGAUAUUUCGUUCAUCAAAAAAAAUUUGACAUAGCCCAAGAAUGGAUGAACGCGUUGUCCGCACCAAAGAAGCACCAUCUAAAUCUUAUGCUUGGCCGCCCAGCAAUAAUAAGCGCUAUGGACGAACUCCUCCCUUUUCCUGGUUUAUGGGAUGGGCUACAGCUAGGGAAUUGGGCCAAGCACCUGGCUGCGCAUGCUGACGACCUUAUUAUCAACUAUCUAAAGCGCAUAAAGCGGGUGUAUUCGAGGAUUUUCCAAGGCCACGAAUCUCUAAUGUAUCUCCUUGACAAAGAUACUGUACUUCGGCUUCAAUAUCGAUCGCUUAAAUGGUCUAUGCGAGACCAGAAAAUUGUUCACUCUAUGUUCAGAAAAGGAACUAUCUUUACGAAAAUUUCGUCUGACAAAAUUAGAGAUGAUCUUAUGAAUAAUGUGUUAUCAAUACCUGAUGUCAUUCCGAGUAUUGCAACGUUUCACGCCAACAUGAAAUACAUAACCAUCGGUGCCAAGAUACUGGAAAAAUAUAUCGAGGUCAAGCCUAAAAAUUAUAGAAGUCAACGACAUAGUAUUACGCGAAGCAAGUCGAGCCUUUACGAUAACCUGACAAUGCACUGGACUUCUAACCGUAAAAGCAUACAAAUCAGUCAUGAAGAAUUCGUGCCAAUGGGAGAGACGCAAAAUGCAUCCAAAUUAUGUUUUUUACAGCUCCUGAUGGCUGCUCUCAGAUACUUCCCGCAUUUAUCUUCAGAAUCUCCACUGUUGGAUAAAGGUGGAGGAUGGGUGGGUAUAACACCUGAUGAUCAUUUUCGGGCGCUGCUUUGUAAAACCGCUUGGCAUUUGGGAUACGACAAUGAGAAAAUUCGGCGGGGAGCAGAAUUUUCACUAUCACCGCUGAGCUACAAAAAAGUUUCUCGUUUAGAAAUCUGGCGUGGUGGCAAGCCACCUUUUCAGGUUUUUGAACUGUUAGCAGACGCUUCAUUUCUCCCUCAGCUCUAUUCGGCACAGCUACAGAAAGAGGUCAAUUUCCCUAGUCCUUUACAUAUUCAAGGGGACAUGUUAAGCGCUUUCUUCGGAGCUUUUGAGGAUUUAACAGCUUUGAUAGUACAAGCAAGUAUU